AUGAACAUCGUCGAAUGGGCCUUCGGCAAGCGCAUGACCCCCGCCGAACGCCUCCGCAAACACCAACGAGCCCUCGACCGCACCCAACGAGAACUCGACCGCGAGCGCGUGAAGCUCGAGAACCAGGAGAAGAAACUCGUCCAGGACAUCAAGAAGAGCGCCAAGAAUGGGCAGAUCGGGGCUUGCAAGAUCCAGGCUAAGGACUUGGUGCGCACGCGGAGGUACAUUCAGAAAUUCUAUCAAAUGCGCACGCAGUUGCAGGCGAUUUCGUUGCGGAUUCAGACGGUACGGAGUAACGAGCAGAUGAUGCAGUCGAUGAAGGGGGCGACGAUGCUGCUGGGCAGUAUGAACCGGCAGAUGAACCUGCCGGCGCUGCAGCGCAUCGCGAUGGAGUUCGAGCGCGAGAACGAUAUCAUGGACCAACGGCAGGAGAUGAUGGACGAUGCGAUCGAUGAGGCGACGGGCAUGGAGGGCGAGGAGGAGGACAGCGAGGAUAUCGUCAAGGAGGUGCUGGAUGAGAUUGGCGUGGACCUGAGCCAGGCGCUGGGUGAGACACCGACGGAUAUACAAAAGACGGCCGUGGGUGAGGCAAGAGUCGCGCAGCCGAUCGGGGCCGCCGGAAACGCAAGUGAUGAUGACUUACAGGCAAGACUGGAUAGUCUUCGUCGCUGA